AUGGAUAGAACAUCAUCGUCGCCGCGUGUUUUAGCCGAUCAACUUCGGAGAUUCAUCUCAAAUCCGGAUUCGACACCAUCUGGUGGGUCAGGGGUAGAGGCAUAUUUGGUGUGAUAAAAUGUUCUCUGAAGUGUUUGGUUAUUUGAUAGAAUGGGUUGAAGAAUUUUCUAUAAAUUUGAAAAUCAGUAAUUUUUCAGUGAAUAAAAAUUAUCAAUCACAGGAAAAAAUCAAAAAUUUAAAUACUGAUUAUAAAAAUUGAUUUAUCAAUUUUUGAAAAUUCAGAAAAAUCUAGAUAUGUUAUUGAUGUUCCUUUAACCUUUAAGAUUUUUUGAAACAUUAUGUGCCGGUGAAUUUAUAACAUUCUAAAUAAAAAUUCAAAUUCAAUUCAAACUCGUCUUCUGAAUUUUGAAGAAUAGCAUUUUUAUAGAAAAGCAGAUGAUCUUCGUGGAUCUUACUUUCAAAAUUUUCCAGAUUUUUGAAAGUUUUUAGUACUCACCACACCUCAUUUAAAAAAUUUAGUUCAUCAAACGUCGAAAAUCUUAAUUUUCUAAAUCCAACAAUGUUAUCAAUUUUUUUAUCACUGAAUCUUUUUUUUUUGAAAUAACACAAAAUCUGGGGUUCUGAAAACUAUAUUCAAGUUUCGAAGUUAUUUGAUUUUUAAAAAAUUAUUUUAUCACAAAAACAAAUUUAUCCUCUCUUGAAAGCGUUCAGAUUCCCAUUCAUUGUGAAUCUAUUCGCAGUAACCUCCACUAUUUUAAUUUUCUUGAAUAAAUUAGAAAGAUUGAUAUAAUGUGUCGUUUUUGAAUAUCUGGGAACGACCACCCUGAACUUUUCCAAAUGUAAUCUCUCAUUUUUCAGGUAGUGGAAUAUCCUUAUCAGAUGCUGGAUUUGUUUUAUUAUCAUUGAAAGAUCAAAUCCUUGCAGACUCCAUAAAGUAUGUUUUUCUUUCUCCUUCAUUUUGCAGUCUCAUCUAUCUUUUUGCAAAAAAAAAUCCUAUUCAUGUUUUUCUAAUAACAUAAAUACGCGUCGGACGGCAGCAAAAAAUCCUACUGUUUUUGAAUGCGCGCAUGAAUGUGUAUGUAUACAUUGAAAAUUCUCUUGUUAUAUAUUCAAACAAAUAAAAUAUAUAAAAAUAUGUAUGUGUAUUUGUGCUCCCCUGUGGCGACUAUUUAACAUCUAAUGAGACGUGCGCGCGGAACUGCGCACCGGUUCUUCCUCUCACUGAUAGAUAGCUUUACUUUCUGCCUGACUGCUUUGCCUGUCGAGACCAUUAUUUGCCCAAUGACGUAGUAAAUGAGAUGAGAGAAAAAAGAAGAAGCAUGAGAUAGAAAUGAAAAUGGAAAUGAAUAAUUAUUAUAAUUCAGGGCACAACAUUUUUCACACGAAUUUGUUUCGAAACCAAUAAAUGGCAUUGAUUUGUUGGGCAAGGUUGUGAUUGUUUUGCAAGGAAUUGUAAAUAGUACAGAAGGAUCAAGUUCAAAGAUUUCAUAUUUGUUGAAUAGAAAUUCAACAAAUGCAAAUCGAAAAAGAAAAGCGGCUGUAGCAGAAGCUGAUUGUAUUGAAAGCAUCAAACUUUUGCUUGAAAAAUCGGUGAGUUGUAUUUUGAUCUACCUCGCAUAAUGUUUGUUUAUCUCCGCGUUCGAAAUUUGAUAUUUGCAAUUGCAAUUAAACCAGAUAAUAUACAAAAUGUGUCAAAAAAAGUCAAAAAUCAAUCUUCUUGCAGGAAUCAGCAUGGAAAUCUUUUCUGGACACAUCUACUGGUCUUGAUGCAGUUAUGUAUUCAAUUCACAGCCCACAACUUGAUUCAAAGUGUUAUUCAUUAGAGGUAAGAGAAAUACAUUUGUAUCUUCAGAAAGGACAAAAAAUUUCAGAUUUUCCUACUGCUUCUCGAGCAACCUCAAGGAUUCUUGAUUCUUUUGCGAGCUUUGACUGUUCUUGCGGCUAGAAAUCGAGAUUAUUUGCGAUUUUCAAUUUUUGUUGCACAACUCAAACAUGGUCUUCAUACAAAAAAAUUGCAUAUUCAAAUUCUUGUUGCUAGAUUAUUCAAUAAAUUGAUUGCCAAUGCUCCAACUCAAACUCAUCGGAAUUUGGUGAAAUCAGAGAUUCAAUUAGCACAAUAUACUCCAGAAUAUGUUGAGAAACUGAUUGGAUAUCCAAACACAUCUUUUGGUGGAAUUGAUACACUUGUUGAUGAAUUAGCCGCGUGGAAAUCAUUGAAUCAAUUUAUUGGUGGAAGUUCGAAUAAUAGUGUGGUUGAACAUAAUCAUAUUUAUGGAACUUCGGAAAUUGAAGGUGAUAGUAUUUCUGAAAGAAGUAGAAGAAUGACACCAAGUAUCAAAAUGCAACCAAUAACAUCAUUGGCUAAAAAUGUGGAAAGGCAACGUUUCCGGAAACAAGGAGCUGGUUCCGGUGGUCGAGCUGCUGGUAGUAAUUAUUAUUUCGAUGGAUCAAAUGGUCCACGAUUGACAUAUGAUAGACGAUCACAAACUUUGAAUCAUGGUGGAGGUUAUACAGGUUUGUUCUAUUAUCUAAAACUUAAAAACCUAGCAUGAUUAUUUUCAGAAGCUCCAUCUCCAAUUCCUGCUCCAAGAUAUGCAACAGAACGUCGUGAACCAUUUGGAGCAAUGCGUAGAGCAAAAAGUGAGAGUGCGAUGGUUGUAAGAGAUCGUGAUGAGAAUGAAGAACUUUCACCUGAAAUGAUUCCAAGAGGACUCAAACGAUUUAAUAAUGGUGCAAACAAUCAUAAUAGAGAUAAUGUUCAUUAUCAUCCAAUUCAACAAGCAAAAACACUUUCCAGAAGGUUUGUUUCUUCAUAUUUUUACCGCUCUAUGCAUUCAAUGAAACUAUAUUUCAGUGUUCAUGACUUGGCAAUUAGAGACGAUGAUCCUGGAACAUUGCUCAGACCAGUAUCCGCUAGACCACCAUCUGUUGCAGCAUCAAGAACUCCAAUCCGCGCGGUUUCACCGAUGCCAGUCUCACCAAUCAUAAAACAAACUGAUUCAAUUGACGAUCGAACAUCUUCGCGAAGACUAUCAAGUGCAUUAUCACCACGUGCUAGAUUUGCAGAUCCACCAAUUGUUGAAGCACAACAGCCACACGCUGGAUUCUCGUAUUUGUUCCCACAACAACCAGUAGUCACUUCAGUUUUGUCGAAAAGAGUAACAUCCCCUGAACCGAGAAAUGAGCAAACUUUGAAUCGACCAGUUUCUGCCCCAUUGUAUGCGACUACAAAUUAUGAAGGAUCUAGUCGACCUUUGUCACCUUUGGAUGUUCAGAAUAAUUCUGUUCAAGAUUAUGACAAGUGAGUUAACUUCGAAAAAAUGGGACUGAUGAGGUUUUUUGUUAGAAACUCCCGAUUAUUUUGCUUUAUCUUCUUGUUACAAAAAUCUUUAAAAAAGUCAAAAUUCUCCAAAAUUUCCAUUUUCAGACCAGUUGCAUAUUCAAAUGAGAAUGGGCAAGUAGUAUACGUUCCAAUAAACAUCGAAGGCGGUGUUGGUGCUGGACCUCGUCGACAUAGCAAAACAAAUCGAUUCGAUUUUAAUGAAUCAAGAAGUAGCAGCCGCCAAAAAUUGCGAAGCCCAAGUAUCAACAAUGGAACUAUUGGUAGGACUACUAGCCAAGAUGAUUACCCUAGUCGAUCAACCGACAAUUAUUUUGUUCCAGGAGAAGAUGUCCGUGACGCUUUGAGUCAAUUCGAUUAUCUAUAUGAUUAUGAAGGUGGAAGUCCUCAUAGUAACAAUUCAAAAAUGAGAGAAGCCACUUAUCAUUUGUAA